CUCCUCCCACAUCCUGUGGGAAACCGCUAUGUGUCGGUAAAAACAAAAGCCAUCCCGAGCAGGAAUCCGCUACACGGAACUAGACGGCAGCUACAGAGCAAGCGGCUGAUUAGUCUAGGUUUGGACUAAAAGACAUGAUCGGACGGACGUGACGAGCACGGGACUGCUGCUGCCUCCAGAACCGGCUGAAGGACGGAGCGGAACCGCCAGACUCCCAUGGACAGGCCCGGCAGGCUGCUGCUGCUCUCCGAACUCCGCGUCAGGAACGCGGCGUGCGACGUGAGCCUGAGCCGGUGUCUGCUGACAUGGAAGAGACGGGCCUCCAGUCCGGUGUACCGGCCAUUCAGACCCAGGUUUUGUGUUCCUUUGUUUCAUCGUCGACCACUUUCAGGCAUGAGUCACAGUGUGCCUUUGUCAGAGAUCAUCUCGGUCAGAGAGGAGGACGAGGAGGAGGAGAACGGCAGCGGACGGAAAGAUGAUGGCAGCUGGAAGAAGAUCAAAGAUGGAGACAGGCUGGACGGCAGGCUGGCCUUCACUGUGUCAUACGUGGAGAGGUGUCAACAGCACCGCUGGCGGUGCGCUGAGGUUACCUUCACGUGUCCAGAGAGGGCGCUCUGUCGGAGCUGGGUCAGCAGCAUCAGAGAGCAGCUAGCCAGUAUCUCCAGCAGACCUAGAAGCCUGCUGGUCUACAUCAACCCGUACGGUGGGAAGCGUCAGGGCAAACGCAUCUACGAACGCAAGGUGGCGCCGCUGUUUGCUCAGGCCGGGAUCUCUACCCAAGUCAUCGUCACCGACUAUGCCAAUCAUGCGAGGGAUCACCUGAGGACUGCUGCCGAGCUCAGCAAGUUUGAUGGUGUGGUUUGUGUGGGAGGAGACGGCAUGUUCAGCGAGAUCAUCCACGGUCUGGUUUGGAGGACACAGAUCGAAUGCGGCGUAGAUCCCAACUGUCCAGACGAAGCCCUGUCUCCCUGCUCGCUCCGCAUUGGAAUCAUCCCUGCAGGUUCAACGGACUGCAUCUGCUUCGCCACAGUUGGAACCAACGACCCAAUCACAUCUGCGCUGCACAUCAUCGUGGGAGACUCUCAGCCAAUGGAUGUCUGCUCAGUUCAUCACAACAACAUGUUCCUGCGAUACUCCGUCUCUCUGCUGGGAUACGGUUUCUACGGCGACGUGCUAACGGACAGUGAGAGGAAGAGAUGGCUGGGACUGGCCAGAUAUGACAUAUCAGGUGUGAAAAUGUUCCUGACUCACCAUUACUAUGAGGGCACAGUGUCCUACCUGCCAGCCAGAGGUAUGAUCGGAACUCCACGAGAUGCUGGCAGAUGUCGAUCUGGCUGUGUAGUUUGUCAGCACAAUGGACAGAUUCAGUCAGACAGAGCCGAGAAGUAUGAGACGGAAAAGGCUUCAGACUGUGAGGAUGAUGGAGAGUGGAAGACGAUCCGAGGAAAAUUCUUAGCUAUAAACGCCGCCAGCAUGAGCUGCGCUUGUCCUCGCAGCCCCAAAGGACUCUCGCCUGCUGCUCAUCUGGCUGACGGCACCACAGACCUCAUCCUUGUCAGGAAAUGUUCGCGUUUCAACUUCCUGAGACAUCUCCUGCGACACACCAACAAAGAAGACCAGUUCGACCUUGGCUUUGUUGAGGUCCACCGAGUGGUGCGCUUCCGCUUUACCCCUCGUUACUGCCAGAGCGACUCCGACCUGGAGCUGGAGCUGCUGGAGAACGGCAAACGGCAGAUCUUCAGCCAGAUCUGCCGGGACCACCCGGCUUGUGGCUGCGCGCCCGCCUACAGCAGCUGGAACUGCGACGGUGAGAUCCUGACCCACACGGCCAUCGACGUCAGAGUGCACUGCCGCUUGAUCAAGCUGUUCGCACGAGGGAUCGAAGAGCCUCAAGUGUUCGAGGACCUCGCCAACCCCAGUGCAAUAUAAAGCCGUCUCCCCUUGCCGCCAUGGUUUCCUCAUCAGACACUGGAGCAGUUCCCAGCCCCUGUCUUUAGGACCUUUCCAGAUGAGUUCUGCUGUUUUUCCACGGAUAUUAGCUGCACUUUGCUUACUAGGUUACAAGGUAGAAACAUCUGCAAAAACAUGCGAUUUCAGAAAUGUUAAACUUGGGUCCAUGUUUUUAACUGGACACAUUACAGGACCGGGUACGGACCGCCCAGCAAGCUCCUGUCUGGGUUCUCUCCGUUGUGUUCUGCAAACUACAGAAAAGGCUUUCUUCAUAGAAAACUUGGAAAUGGUGUUUGUGCUCCCAUAUGGGUGUUAUGUUGUAUGACACAGUCAGUUUCAUUACUUCCUAGGAUAAAGGUCAACAUCAGAUAAGCCUGAAUUGGCCUGCGUUACGUCAGAACGCGAGACACGGCCCAUUUGACCCAGAAGUCGAGACACCAGUCCACUAAAUUGGAGAAUGUACUGUACACUGAAUAAUUCAGCUGGUGAUGUGAUAUUACCUCAUAAGGAGGCAACUAGCUGUGGUCGUGGAAAUGAUCCAAAUCCACGGCGGUGAUCACAUCAUGAAAACGGCUGUUCCUGCGUUGGAGACGCUGUAAAAGGCUGCCGUUCUGGUUAAUGGACCGCAGGGCCGGUCAUGCCUAUCUGUGUCCGUCUGGACCUCAAGGGCAAGCAUGAAAUCAUACUCCUAUUAUUUGUAGCAUAGCUGAAUGGCCACACUGCUCACAGAUUUAGUUUUCACUGCAGCGUCAGAGGGGGGGGCGAUAACGCUCUGGUUGUAUGCUGUCUGCUUCGACGAGUAGAAGAAGAACCAAGCUGGCAGAAUAAGGUGAUUUCUCACCAGAAUAUCCAUGUAGUGUUGUAUCCUUGUUGUCUGUAGCAGAUAAAUUACCCACACUGAUCAGCAGUUAUCGGAACAGUCAUGUAUUUGAAGUGUUGGAGGCAGCCAGAGAACCAGGAGAAAAGCCACCAAUGCACAGAGAGAACACGCCGACUUCCUGCAGAAAGACCGUUUUUCACAAAUGAAUUUUCACUAAUUAUGUUGAUUAUUGCAUUUAUUUACACAAAAAAGCAUGACAGAUUUUCUUCUCAUAAUAAACACUUCCAACACUUUCCAGAACUUUCUGAGACAGUUGUGUUUUGAACGGAGGUUUAGAGCUAAAGCUUUUGUAGCACGAAAAUGAAGUAGUGUUUUUUUUUUUGUUUUCAAUAAUCCUUCUGUGGCUUGUUGCAUACUCGAAGGAUCUGACAUUAGGACAAAGCUUUAUUCUCCAGAGGACAUGUGACGAUCAAGGCCCAUGGGACGCAUCUGGCCGGCAGUGCAGUUGUGACUGGCCUGCGAGAUAAUGUCAUACAUUUACCAUUAAUGGCUGGUCAGGGGGUUAUAGGCCCCUCACAUCAAUCACACUACGUAUCCCAUAAAGCACUGCAACUGUGAUAUUCUGCUCAAGAUGGAGCUGCACUAGGUGAGAAGCAGCAUGCACACAUAUGGCCCAAUCCCACCUCCGAGUUGCUGAAACGUUCUGCAUGUUUGGCAGAACACCGUCUUCCUGCAUAAGCAACGAUUCUCUCAGUAAAGCCAAACAAGGCCGGACAGAGAGGCCGACUGACCGACGCUCACCUCUAAAGCAUUAGGUCUCCACAGCUCGAACACCACACAUUAGUGAACUAAGUUCUUAGAAAAUUAAACAACACCAAACACACUUGUUAGAUAGACGAACGUAGAGAGCAGAGAACACGAAACACGUCUUUAUUAAAAUCUCUUUACUGCUGUUUUUGCAACUUCCUGGCCAGCCUUUAAUGUUAGAUGUAUUGCUUUCAUUAUGUGUCGUAAACACACAUAUUGUCCUGCUAUGAGAGACGGGGACUUGUUAAAGAGCAAACCCGUCACUCUCAUUGUCUUGAGAGGUUCCGCCUCUGUCUUGACUCUUAUUUGUAGUACAAUUCUUAAACCUCUACCUUGGACCACCCCAACCCUCCUUACAUGGUAUCAAGAAUUGUGAUUUACAGAUCCAGCUUUUCCUUGAUCAGUCAAGGCUGUUUCUAAGGCCUGAAAGUUCUGAAUAGCACACUAGUUCCUGUUUUUACCUCCCCUCUAGCUCAAAGGGGGAGUAAAAACCUGUGCAGGUUUCUUCCAGCAGGUGUCCAGUCCACACAAACCGCAGACCUACUCGACGCCGGUUCAGAUCAGACCUCAAAAUGAAUUUAAUAUGUAGUAAAGAUUAGAUCUGAGCCUGUUAAGCAGGACAUUCUGAACUCAUUUGUUGGAUGGAAUAAUUCUUUUCUGAGAAUAGUUUACAAGUCAGAGAAGAUUUACAUCCUGCAAUAGUGUUGGUUCUGCAUUUACUCCUUCUCCCUCACAGGAAUAACAUUUUUAUGGUCAAAAUAUUUAGUCCAGUUGACAGAGGGCUGCUCUGGUUGCACACAAGAAAACUUCAAAAUAGGGGCGUGGGCAGGACUUUUGGAAUAUUUUGUUGUGUAUAGAAUGGUUUACUUGGUCCUGCUGUUUAUUAUUGGACAAAUGCAUUGUGGUUGUGAAAGGAGCAAGUAGCGUGUAAUAGAAAGGUUUGUCCGGAUUUGCCUCAUGUUGGCAUCAACCAAGCUGUGAGCACGUAGCAGCUUAGCUUUGGCCGUAUCUGUAGCUACCGUUGUUGCUGCCCAUCAGUUCUCAGCCUAUGUUAUCUUAAUGUAGCAGGCAGCCUCUCCUGUUAACGCCGUUCAAUAUCUUUAAGCUUGUUUUAUGAGAACAUGUUGGGAAUCUUUUCUUCUUGUUACAGAGUGAACUCUCUUCUAUGCAACUGAUAACUGACGCUUCUGACACACUGUUUCCUUUCUUGGCAGGUGUGCUGGCUUGUUGAAAACUAGAUUAUGUAAGUCCAAAUGGGAGGAAAUGAAGGAGAUUUUGCAGGAGAUAGAUUCCUUCUAGAUGUGUUUGUCACCUGUUAUGCACUCCUGUUCUGAAUAAGGCAAGUGGAUGGGAAUCAAGGGUGUGGAAUUCACUGUGUCCCACUGCACCAUCUCGAGUUUUUGGUUUGUUUUGGAUUUUUGUUUGUGUUUUACUUCCAAUAUUUAGGGAUCAACUGAUGCUGAGUUCCCCCUAAUGGUAAGAUUAUUAUUAUUAGUAGUAGUUUUAUACCAAUAAAUCAGAAAGUAAUGGAUGUAGUCACUUCCCAGUGUCCUGCAUGCAGAGUUGAAUAAAAGUCUGCAGUUUCUCAAUGGAUUAGGUGGAAUUAUAGGGUCAUAGGUCAUAUUUGAGUUGCACUUGUGUUGAUUAUGCUGCAUACAAGGCCUGUGAGAGCUGUGGGGCUCAUGUGACAGAAUUUGCUGACAUUUCCCCCCCCCCAAAAAAAAUGGGGAAAAAAUGUGUGAAGAUUGGACUAACGUGGUGUUUAUAUUAAAUAUGCUACAGUGUUCGCUAUAUAGUAAGGCGAUGCUGGAGACUUCAUGUCUUCUGAAACCAAAGGCAGAUAGAGUGGUGCGACGGGUGUUAAGACAGGAAGCCGAGCAUCAGCACUAGACAUUUCUUUUCUUUGUUUUUUUUUCUUUGUUUUUCUUGGCCAGCAUUUCUGUUCCUUUCUGCAGACGUGGAGCUGGACUCUCACUGAAGAAAGAGGGAACCAGUAGCAGAUCUUUGUGAUUCAGAGCACUGGCCAAUCAGAUCUCAGCUUUAUACUCUGAUUUAAACCCAACCAAAUACUCGAUGGUGUUUAGUACUGUAGCUAUCUGUUCACCUGUUUCCACGGUGGUUGUAAGUCUGCUGAGUCCCGACAGGUGUAGUUUUUUGGCAAUCUCCAUUCUCAACUGUGUAGAUGUUUCAUUUAAAUUUGUGUUGAUAUGCAAUCAUUUGUGUGUGUGUGUAAUCCACAAAUCAGUCAGACCUGCACUUAGAGGUCAAUUAUUUGUAGACAACUGAAUUGCUUUUUUUGUUCUCUUUUUUUCAUAGGAUGAAAAUGUUUAUUUACAUCUAGGGUCCAUUUGUUCUUGUUUUAGAUUUAGGCUGAGUUUAGACUUUUUUUUGGCUGAGCUCCAAUGCAACUUUUGAUGUGGAUUAUAGGUUUUCCGACUCGGGAAUAAAAAUAGGUUUAAUCUAAAUCGGCAACAGACCUGUCAAAGCAUUGAAUCUAAUAGUUUUUCACUCCAGCUGAAUAAAAUGAUUGCAAUUUGGAGAAAAGGUGUUAAAAUAUUUCACCGCUGUUAAAAUGCUGCCUUGAUUGUAAGUAUGGUUAAACUCAAAAUGAUUCAAACCUCUGGCAGGUUCAAAUUAAAAAUGAUUUUCUUUUAAGUGUGUUUGAUAGGAAAUGAGACAGACGUCUCUGAGGAUAAUAAAGGAUGUAAGAGGAUAAACAACUUUGAAAAAAAGUUGUUUUUACUUAAAAUGAUGUAAAAUGAUUUGCUGUAUAUCCUAUUAGAAUAAGGCAUUACAGCAGUCAAACCCUUCUCACUGUUCAGCCGCUUUUUGGGUGUUGUCCUUUUUAACGAUUUAAAAUUUUAACGAUUUAUCCAAAUCUCUUACCUUCAGCUGCCAGCGGUAUGAAUAAUUUUGGGUUUAACUGUAUGUACUCAAACCAAUUAAAUCUGUAACCUUUUGAUGUCGUGAUGAACAUAUAGGGCAUGUUGACUUUACUUCAUAUAAUGAAUGUUUUUGCAUUCUGCUGUCGUAUUUAUUGCUAUGAUGUGUUGUGUAUUUUCCAACCCGGGGCAUGCAGAAGAGUCCAUCUUUUAUUAUUCUUUAUUACGGAAGACAUUAGAAUUUGUAAACUUCUAGCAUAAAGCCUCUCCCCUAAAGAAAAUCUUUUUUUCCUCCAACUCUAAUUUUCUGAAUGAGGGACCUGGCUGGAUUGAGCAAAUCCGGCAACCUCUGGUUUUCAUCUCAGCUCUAUUCUUUGCUGUAGUUGCUGCAUCAUCAGAAAUAAACUCUUUUCAGCACA